ACAGUUCACAUUGGGGUUAUUCAGAGUAAAAAAUAAUAGGUAGAAAAGGCUCUGGCUCUUAUAAGAGUACAGCAAAGUCAUUAAACACCUGUCAUUCGAAGAUCAGUAAUUGUUAUACCGUGUUGAACUCUGUUGCACCUGCACAGUAGGAGCUAGUGAACACACCCUCCGUUCUCUCCUAAAGCCUCUGUCAGUGUGCUCCGACCUGCACACGUACUACUGGGGUGUGGUCAGAUGACACUAACCUGGCUGGUGUGUUUUCAACCUCUGCUCUGACUCUUGACUCAACCUAACAAAAAUACUAGUACGGUAUUGACCUUUUUUAUUCAACAAUGGAAUGAAGUUGAUUCUUCAGUGAGGACUAUUUUGUGGUAGGGAAAAUCUUGUUCUUAAAACUAAGGUGUUUGCGGUUACUUUUGUACAGUGUGUUAACCUAGUCUGACCACUUUACCGGAUCAUUAUCACGUGUGUCAAGUUUUCAGUCUCACUAAACCAUGGACCGUCUGAAGUUAGUUCUGCAGUAUUUUCAGUCCAAUUCCGAGUCCAUAUCAAAUGGAAUCUGUAUUGUACUGGCCCUGAUCAGUGUGAAGCUCUACACCAGCUUUGACUUCAACUGCCCCUGUAUUCCACAAUACAACAAACUCUACGCACUGGGGGUGAUGUUUGUCCCGCCUUUAAUAUUCUUCUUCCUGGGAAUCUUGGUCAAUCGACACACAGGGGUCAUGAUGGAAGAAUGGUUGAGACCCAUUGGGAAGAGAAGCAAAAAUCCUGCCAUUGUCAAGUACAUGUUCUCUGCCAUGAUGCAGAGGGCUCUACUGGCGCCCAUGGUGUGGAUUCUGGUCACUCUGCUGGAUGGGAAGAUCUUCAUCUGUGCUUUCAGCAUGAGUGUAGACCCCAAGCCUUUCUCGGGCAUGCCCAACAAUACUGGCCUUGACCUGCUCAAGCUCAUGGCCAAGGUGCCCUGCAAGGAGGAUAUGAUCUUCAGGAACAGCACAUUUCGUAAAGCUGUUUCACGCUACGUGCGCUGCUACUCCCAAGCGAUUGGCUGGUCUAUCCUCCUGUUCUUCAUUCUCUUGGGUGCGCUGGGCCGUCUCAUCAAGCCCUGUUUCGACGACCACGCCACCAACCUCCAGACGCGCUACUGGAGCAACUACCUGGACAUCGAGCAGAAGCUCUUCGAUGAGACCUGCGUGCUUCACUGCCGCGAUUUUGCCCGCAAGUGCGUUGUGCAGUUCUUCGAGGGCAUGCGGGAAGACGCAGUACUCAGACUGCCUCUCUCACCCGAAGUCAGGUACAGGGGGGAAGAAGACAUGGUGGAUGAAGAGGAGGAGAGACUCCAUGGGAUCACCAAGCAGGAACAGAUGGAUCAACUGCUUCAAACAUGGUUCCAGUGUAAACCUGAGCUGGAUGUCACUAGGAUGGCCUACAGACCUAGGGUGUGUGUCACCUGGGAGGACCACAGUGGACAAACCCUCUACUCGGAUGUUUAGAUGUGUGUGUGCACAAUAGUAUAAGUAGCUAUAAGCUACAAACAAUACAUUCAACAUGAUUAUGUCGAAAAUACUUUUAGAGAGCGGACCUUAGAAAUCUUGUUCCUCAGAAUAUUUGAAUAUGCUGGGAUUUAGACUAGCUAGUUUUGCAUAGUUAAUUUUACAUACUCCAUGAAUACAAGACAUGCAAAUUACAGAUGGACUGACAAAUAGUCCCUAGUGGGGCCUGAUUCAUCUAAUCCGAACAAAUAAGUAAUUCAGAGGUUACUACUAUGUCAUUAUAAUUUUACCAUAUAUAUAUAUAUAUAUAUAUAUAUAUAUAUUAGAGAAUCCCUGGUCAUUUCUGUACCAUAACAAAGUGCCAAUAAAUAUUAUUAUUGUA